AUGGCAAAUCAGUCGACUCUCCAACUCAGGGAGGUUGGUCCAGACGACAUCCCCAAGAUCACCGAUGUUUGGUUUCGCGCAUUCGGUACGCCACACAACCUGGCAUUGAUUCCCGAUACCCCCGGCGUGCGCACGUGGUGGAAUGAAGCCCAUUACCAUGACCUUAUGAACAGACCAUAUCAAAAGUAUAUCAAGAUAGUAGAUGCCGCGCACCCCAGUGAUAUCAUGGCAUACGCAAAAUGGGACCUGCAGCCGGAUGAAUGUGGCGAGCGAUUUCCGCCAUGGCAUCCAGAGUCAAAUGCCGAGCUCUGCACCCAAUAUUUCGGAGGAAACGAGAAUCAGCACUUAGACAUGCUGUGCACAGAUCCUCAACAUCAACGAAGAGGUGCCGCUUCCCUGUUAGUGCAGUGGGGAUGUGAUCUCGCUGACCGCAACGGGGCCGCAAUUUACAUAGCCUCCAGCGAUCAAGGAAUUGGACUGUAUCGAAAAUUUGGAUUUAAGCUGCUGGAAGGCCGUGACGACACUCCUGAAGGAGCCAACCCCAUGGUCAGAGAGCCGAGGUUGGUAAACUGA